AUGGACAUCGUACCAGAGUUUGCGAUACUCGCAAGCCGGGCUAUCACAGACUAUGCGACUCAGCUGGAGGGUCUGAGGCUGAAAAACGACUGGGCUGCGGCGUAUGAGUCGGUGCUUUGGAUGGUCGAACUUGCAAGGACGUCCCCGAUUACUACACCACCAGGCCAUCUCCUACCAGAACAUAUCCUCGAUUCGCAAUUUCCUGUGUGGAGACUUUGGACGUAUUGGAAGCCGAAUGUACAGCGCAUCAGGCAUCUUGCAAGCUGUGACUGCGAGAAACUCACACUUGUGUCAGACCUCGUCGCGCUUGAAGGACCGGAUAUGAUCACAGGACAGGCAAAUACGUUAAGAGAUGGCCUGGUCGCACGAUAUGAUGGGAUAAAGAAUUUUUUGCAAUGGCGCGGGAUCAUCGUCGAAGUACCGAAUCGCACAAGAGAGAGCAUCGGCAGAGUCCUGGAAAGAGUGGCAUGUUUGCUCGAGUUGGGAGCAAAUGAUUCAGGACUCGGCCAUGUGGAGAAAAUGCUAUUCUUCAGAGAUUUUCUAGUUGCAAGACCUAUCACAACAAAAAGACUGGACAUAUUCGAGGCGACAUGUAAGAUACCGUACAAACCAGAAAACAACCUCUACGACGCUAUCCUUCAGGUGUGGGACAACCGGGACCGGCUUGGGGGGCAACACGUAAUACAUAUACAUAGUCUUCUGAGCGUUAUGGAAGACGCCAGCGCGGAAGAUCUAUGCAAUGUCACUUGGGAGGACUGGCUCCGUCUUGGCAUCGAAAACUGCAUGGAAGAGUGCCGGGAAGCUGUAUGUGCCCACAUCGACGACGGAUCAUCUUGGACGGAUCUUUUCCUCGAAUACCGUGCGUUUGGUAGGACAGUAAACGCGUUGAGGCAAUUCUGGCCCAAUAGAAAUGAAAUCAUUAUGCCAGUCAUGGAUGGGAUCGAAAGCAUUGUAGAGAUUUACAAAGCUGUGAAGGCCGAGCUGUCGAAGCCUAGAAAGACGAUGGCGGUAUCACACAUCCGGACAGCCGAUACAAAGAACACCACGAAAGAAGCCUCGGGUUUAUCGUUUCUUGUGGGAGAGGAUGAGACUCGCCACCCACUAGAGAGUUACAUCGAAGUAUUCUGCAGGGACCGCGUGCUUGGACGAGAGCCUAUGGCCACCCCCGGUGAAAGCAUUAUUGAUGCAUUAAUGCAGGUGUGGAGGUCUACCUCCAAGCCGAAUAUUGACCUCGAUCGUCGAAAACUGGCGAUCAAUGUGGCGGGAAGCGCUGUUGUCGAUUCAUCGCUAUGUGGCAGAUGUCUCACUAACGUUGAGUCUACGGGCUUGCCUGACACUUCGGUCGAAAAAUUGUCUGAUGUUAUGCACAAAGCAAACGGGAGCAUGUCGGAAGCCAUUAUCGAUCUCACUAACCUUCUUUCAAAUGGAGAAAGGUGGGCACUGUGCUGGUUCGACCUCCUGGAAUUGUGGCUCGAGGGACAGACAAAGGCCAGUGUGUUUGAAGAAGAGGAAGCACUAGAGUAUUCCCUUCGCACAAUGGGCAUCGCCCAAUGGAUCGAGUUCAUGCAGCGUAUCCAGACGAUUUUCUGCCCUGUCCAGAGGCAUUUCCGCGGCUCCGCAGUGCCACGUAUCCCACGUAUCCUUCAGCCGGCUCAUCUAUCAUGGAUAACUACAUUGUCGAAAUACACCAGUACUCUCAUAGCAUUUGAAGGUGUCGCCGGCAUUGGCUCCGAGGCUAUGCGAUGUAUCCAGACCAACCAUAUCUGUAUUCUGAGUGUCAAGGAGUGCUUAGAUGAUUUACUCAAGGCUUCUCCAGAAGCUGUUGAGAUAUGUUAUCGGAUAUGGGACGCGAAACACGAAGGGUUGGACAUACCAGGGUUGCCAUCAAAACACAUUGUAACACAGAAAGCAGUGCUUAUGUGCGUCGAAUGGUUUAGCGACGAGACAUGGACUAUGAAACUCAAAGAAGCAACAAGAUUCUGGGAAGACAUCGAAAAUGAGAUUAUAGCCGAAGCCACACGACUGGAAGGUCUUACUAAAAGCAUGAGGAAGAGAGAUCCGAAGGGCACUGCACUUCUGCUGCAGGAGCUUGGCCUCCCAAACAAUAGUCAGCUGGAUCGUGAGAUGGACGAUCUACCACCAGGAUUCAUCGACAUCGUAGAAAGAGUUGGUGAGGACGAGGCUGAGAUCAACUUUCCCCUGAAUCAUUUUACAGAUCUUCAACGAGAAGCGAUGGGUAUACCAGCCGGAGCGAAUACUUUUCUGCUGCGCCUCGUGUUUCCGAGCACGCAUAGCGAACUCUUUGAAUUCUGCGUUCAUUUCAACACAGACAAGGACCUUGACACUCUCGACCACACGACAUGCUCGACCGAUGCUCGUACGACUCGUAUGAACGUCUGCAAAACUUCACAAUCUGCAUUUACGUGGCAACUUCAAUCUAUAAUCUACACUCAAAUACAGAUUGGGAACGUCAAUAUUGCCGACCUCCACAAGCGCCUGAAGGAGAAAAUGUCUUGCCUAGGUCAAUCAUGCGUCGCAUGCGAUGUCUCGCUCCAAGCCUCGCCAAAAGCUCAAAUCAAACGAUCGGUACCCUGCGACAUGGUAGGCUGCGCAAGGCUUUGGUACGCUCUUCCCCUCGACGUGCGUAUUCCCGAGCUACGAGCGGACAUCUAUGUCGUCGACUUGAUGCUCACAUCCGUCUACGCUGCAGCCUUAACUGGGCCGAACUGA